UAAAGUCUUGGGCAGCAAUUUUUUCUUACCUUGCACCUCCAAGCUAUCCCAGCCCUAUACUCAGGAUAUUCAGUACCUCCAUGCAAUUCCAUCAUCAAGUAAAUUCUUGAAGACGGGAAGGCUGCUAGUCUGCUACAAGUGCUUGAAUCCUAAUGGCAAAUGUGGUCAGUUCUGUGGUUGUCCAGGAGACAGUUAGCAAAAUCAUAUCUGAUCUCGUUCACAAGUGCGAAGGGAAAGAGAAAUCAAAUUCAAAAGAAGACAUGGAGAGGCUGGAGAUGGCACACAUCAAGCUGGAGGCUGCUCUUGAGAUAUCUAACAAGUGGCUCAUCACUGAUGCACCAUUGUUACGUUGGCGCAAGAAGCUGAAGCUUACUGCUCAAGAGUGUGAUGAAGCCUUGCAGAAAUGCAGGCAGAGAAUACUAGAAGAAGAACAAAUUGAACAGGAGGUGAGGAAUUCAACCUUUCCUAAACGGAUGGCACAUGCUACUACGUCAUUUAUUUUCUCUGCCUUUAGCAGCAACAAGAAUGAGUUGAGCAGAUCCAUUGUUCAAAGAUUUGAGUGGUUGUCAGAUGGAGCUAGCGAGUUUCUACGGUUCGUGGAGCUUGGUGGCACACCACGCCGUCAGAUGACUGUCAACUCCAUGAUAAAGCACCUUUUUGCUGGCAGUGAAUUACAUCAUAAAAUUGAUGGGGGAAACAAGUACCCUUUGUUUCUACUAUCAGUUGUGCCCUGCCGUAAUGCAGAGCAUGGGAUAGAGGCUAGCCUAAUGUUCAUCCGAAAAGAUGGUAAUGCACCGGAGAAUGACUUUUUCCUUACUGUAAUGCUACAGAUUUCAGAAAGUACAGACAUUAUUGGUAUCACAAUCAAAUGCUUGCAGUUAUAUACCCUUCAUUUCAAGUCUACAGUUGAAUCUAUUAGGAACGAACUUACUCAACUUCCUACGCAGGACUUAUCAUGGGUGCCAUAUGCUGAUUCAUGCAAAAAAGAACACUGGGGCAAAAAAGAACACUGGGAUAAUCUUUAUAGCUUUAGCACUCGAUGGUUUCGCCCAAACCCAUUAUGCUGCAAGCAGCAUGAACAGCACAAGUUUUGUCAUAGUAGCAAGGCAGACAGUUCAGGAUUGCAAGAUGUUUCUCUGGAGUCAGUUAUUGAAGUGAAUUUGCAGUGCCAAGUCUCAUUUUCCAAGUAUAACAAACAGAGGACCUCAAUGUUAGAAGGGAAAUGUUCUCUGCAAGAUUCUCCCUAUCUGAAAGUUGGACUCCUCUUUACACCCCAUGACUAUUCGGAAGACCUACUGCCUGCAGAUAGGAGUUCUGCUGUUGUUAUGGUCAACGGUGAGAAGCAACAUUGUCUUCACACAGAUAUGACCUUGGAACAAGUGGAGGAGAUCAUGCUGCCAAAGGCAAUAGGUUACUUCAGCCAAAACACUGAAGCAACAGUAUACCAGAUGCUUUGGAAGUCCAGAUCCGGCACAGCAUACAUUCAGGUUGAGAAGGCAAGCAUCUUCAUGCCUAGAACACGGAGAACAUUCCUUGGAGGUAGGAAAAGAAAGCUAUUUCGCCGAAGUGACGUAGAGUUGGGGAAUCUGACAAACGUGGUCUCUCAUUUUGUCGACUUAUGGGUUAAGCAUGCUCCCAUCCAGCUGCAAGCCUCGAUCAUGGACUGGCUUCAGAAAGAAAAGGAAAAGCAGUUAGCGCCACAAUCACUGCGGCGGAAAUCUAGACCGUGCACCAUUAUUGAUCGAUCGGGGGAACAGGCAGAAGUGAAAAUGGAAAAGGAGUGUUCCAGGGAGGAUCGCAUGCAGGUUGGAGUUAGGAUUCAUAACUGAGAAUUAACAGAUCUGUCAAAACAUCGAGGUUCAAAUGAUUUCAGAGCUCGAAUUUGGGUUAAAUGCUCCUGGUACAGGGUCAGGACCAAUGAGUUCCUAUCUUCGUCAACUUGUAUUUGUUUUGGUCUUUGUUACGGAAAAAAAUGUUCUGAAUUAGGAAUCUAUUUUAGUAUAUAGCAUCCUGAAAGCGGAGAACGUGUGUACAGUAUAGUGGCAGUUCCAUUCUAUGGUUACAUUCGAACAGUAGUAUAAUGUAGUAUUGUGUACCGUAAAAGAUUUUUUUUAUUUUAGUUGCACUGUAACUUAUCUGUAAGUGUAGAGGUGUCCUUUUAACCAUUACAAUUGAUGGGAGGAAACUGCAAAAUAGUAUGCCUGUUACUUGAGCCAGUUGCCGUGUUUUACUG